AUUCAAUCAGUAAUUUGACAAUGAGCAGUGAACCAUCAGAAAGUUGUCUUUUGCUAGCUUCUAUUGUCGUGACAUGUUUGGCCCCUAUGACCUUACUUCUUGUAGAAAUAUUUAUUUAUUUGGUUAGACGGACGUAGAAACACCUUACCCUCUUUUCUCUUUUCUUCAUUCCCACCAUGGAACCUAACAAAGAAGUGCCUUACCCACCUGGGUUCUUCGCGGCUAUGGCGAUUGAUAUCGCCAAACACUGUUUCAAGUACAACACGAACCCUGUACAAGAAAUGAACUUCAAUGACUAUGUCUAUUUUCAUAGCCAAAGCGGAAAAUUGACCUUGCAUGUCGUUGAAUACGAUAUUCUGAGGAAAAUUGUCGCCAACCCUAAACAAGAGCAGCACCGCAUGGACAGGUUGAUGAUGGUCAAUGAGGCUGGUGAGAUUUUUCCGGCUCACUUACCCAACAUUGCUGAUGUCGUUGGUAAAUCGAAGGUGCAAGCUGCCAUUCGUGAGAUGGAAAAGGAUGAUAAUGUCGAGUAUGAGGGUAUAACCAAAAUCGUUUCGAAAUUGUUGAUGGACAAGAUAGACUCGAAGCCAAUAAUACCAACGAAUGGCCCUAUAUACUCCCUUGGAGUGGCUGGCUUCAAAACGGAAUUCAGCAGCUACACGAAUGAUGUUCUGUUCUUGCAGGUGAGGUCUCCUAUCACGGAGAUCAAUUAUUCCGUGUUUAGGGACCAGUUCAUCCCAGAUGACCUGACAAGCCGCUACCAAUCUGUCAGCCUUUGUCCGGAGCUAGAUGGUAACAAGAAAAAACUAGACAUUGGAGUUGCUGUUGUGCUUUGGAAUGUCCAGAGGAUCACCCGGCCAUCCUUUGUCGACCACUUUGAACAAAUUGUUGCAACCCAUAACCCAAUUCUAAUGAUAGUUACAGAGGUGGGGGCAACAUCCACCAAUUGUGAAAGGAUUCUAGCAAAACUAGGCACAACUAUGUCCUGGCGGCAUGACGCGGGUGGAGGUUUGCUUAGAGGGACCGUGGUGUUCUGGGAUCCUCAAAGGGUGAUUCGACCAUGCUGAUAGCUGCUGAUGACUCGAAUAAUGACCGUAUUAUGGGCACCGUUAAUGCAUUUGAGGUUGAACUCCCUCAAUGUUGUUUAAAAAAUCAUAUUAUUAGGUUACUUAAUUAACUCACUAAUUCUUUAAUUUGAAUGUAGGAAAUAGCUUUCUAGUUACGGUGAAGACUAGUACCAAGUGCAUAUUGCUUGCUGAUGGUGAAGGAUGUUGUGUCUAGUGAGAAGAUCUGUAUUGGUACUCUGAGUAUGUGUCUUGUAGGACUAUGGUAUGUGCUGUUUAAACUUGAUCGGUUUAAGUGAAUCAGAACUUGUAGCGUACUAUGUUAUGAUGAAAUGAUGUUUUUGUUAAACAGGAACCGUUUUAAGUUCAACAUUUUGCGCUGCAAUUUCAAAGUCUCGUUUUUAAAAAGUGAAUCAGUUUAUUCUGCCUUGAAAAUGAUCUCAAGACGUUGAGAUUUGUACUAGUACUCUAACCCCCCCUUGAAACUUUAUAUGUAUAUAUAUAUAUGAAUGAAGCCACUUAUU